ACAAACACAACAAAAACAAUCAUUCCCUCUUCUUUUACUUCAAACUUACUCCCCAAUCAUUCCCUCAUGCCAUACUUCAAUUCCUUCAAAUCCACUCUUUUCAAGCCCUGCAAAUUCUUCUCAAGGAUAAAGCUCUCAUUCAAAAGACCCAUCUCAAUUCAAACCUUGAAGAAGAAACUCCAUUGUCACCGAAGAAGGAGAUUUCAAUCCAUAAAAUCUCUAUUUAAGCCUUUCAAGAAAUAUAGAGAAGAGAUGGAUAGAGUGAUGGAGCUAAAGAGCUUCAAUGAGAGAGACCAAGCUCCCUUCCCUUCACCAAUAACUCCGGCUUUUAUCAAAUUGAUUGAGGAGGGUGAGGAUGUUGAUGAAGCAUGUAAGAGUUUUGAGAAUUAUUUGGUGGAGAUGAUUGUUGAAGAAGGGAAGGUACGGGACUUGAAUGAUGUUGAGGAGCUUCUCUAUUGUUGGAAUAGCUUGAAGUCUCCAGUGUUUGUGGAUUUGGUUAGUAGGUUUUAUGGAGAGCUGUGUAAGGAUUUGUUUUUGGGCAGUAAUAAGCAGUAUGAAAUGCUUGAUGAUUCUAUGCAUGAAUGAAGGAUUAAACCAAGGUUUUUAUGUGGGUGGCCGUGGCUUUACAAUGACAAUAUGAGAUGAGAUGAACCCUUUUUCUUUCUUUUGUCUUCAGUCUUCCCCUUUUGAAUUCUCUGUUCUUCUUUUCUUUAUUUGGUGUUACAGUAUAAAAUUAUAACAUUUAAUUCUCAUCACAACUUUGGAGUUUUGUGGUAGAGCCCUUUAGCAUGAUAUUAAAGCAGCUCAUGUUCAAAUCUUA